UGGAGACACCUGGGGUUAAUGAUUGCUGCGAUGGAGCUGAGGGUAUAAAAACAUGCAGAUAUCAACUCCUCCCUUUACCAUCACGGCCUGUCACCAUGUCUUUCUCUGGAAAAUACCAGCUGGAGUCUCAGGAGAACUUUGAGGCUUUUAUGAAGGCGAUUGGUCUCCCUGAUGAACUCAUCCAGAAGGGCAAAGACAUCAAGAGCCUCUCUGAGAUUGAGGAGAAUGGUGACGACUUCAAAGUGACGGUCACCACUGGCCCGAAGGUCCUCGUCAACACCUUCACCAUUGGGAAGGAGGCAGACCUGGAGACGAUCACCGGAGAGAAGAUGAAGGCGGUGGUUAACCGAGAAGGCAACAAACUGAAGGUCAGCCUGAAGGGAAUCGAGUCUGUCACGGAAAUGGUGGAUGCUAACACGAUUUGCAAUACUAUGACUGUCGGUGGCAUUGUAUACAAGAGGAUAAGCAAACGCGUGUAAAGACUGUUUCACUUGGGAUAAUAAAAACAUGAAAGGCA